GCGAAAGUUGGAGCCGUUGCGUAGUCUCGCGAUAGAUAUCCACACGCCUGCAGUGACUUGACACGUCGUGUGAUGCAGUUUAUUUAAUGUGUCACAUUGUUGUCAGUAUUGUUCUGUUGACUGAGACAAACAUUGUUGUCUUUGUUGCGAGUGUAUAUUUGUAUGUGCUUUAUUUUUGCCACGGGAUGAAAAGCAAUUGUAAUUACAGUAACUGAACAACGUGUGUCAAGAACAUGCAAACUUGAAGCAGAAGUGAAUGUUGUUUUUACAAAUUCAGAAAGCAAUAAAUAAAUAAAAACGUAUUUGUCUUCCGACGUGGAUUGUCGAAGAGUUCUAUGGAGGUGUUGUGUGGUGUGGUGUGGUGUUGUGUGAUGUUUUCAUGACGGGAACAGAAACUUGUGUUUGUAGCUGGGCUACUGAUUAGGCGGAGCUGUCUGUCCAGGGAGACGACUUCACACGGCAGAUAUGGCACAUGUACGCUACAUUUGAAGAAUUCAUCGACACGCACACUAGUUUCGGAAAGUUGGCAGAAUCUGAGGAGAAGCCUAAGCCCGCUGGGAGCAUCAGAGCAAAGAAGGAUGAUGUGGUUGGAGCGGCGCCUCGCCCUCGACCACGCACUAGCAGCAGCAGACACCGGAGCAAACCUGGUGCACGACAGGUAAUUGGGGGCAGCGCGCUGGAACUGGCGGUGCCGAACCGAGAACUGGUGGCCCCCGCACCGGCAGCUGCCGCCACCGAAUUCAACUUUGAAACUACCUCUAAACUGGGCAAUUCGAAAGACGAUAUGAGUCUCGUGUAUCGCCGUCCUCAGCAUCAUCGGUGUCGCUACCGGCGCAGUCGCAAACGGAUGGAGACUGCGAACCCGCUCCUUGAAACAAUAAGCGCCAUCCAGGAUCCAUGCGAAUCUGACGAUCAUGAUUUCGGAGGUGCAGGUCCACAGUACUACGGAAUAAGAGACCAUCGUCUUCCCGGUUCCCGAUUUUGUUCGGAUGUCGAUAAAGAUUCAAUUGGAUAUGCAGGCUCCAAUUCGAUCGACUCUGGUUACAAAAGCUCGUGCCCCACACCCGAACCAACAGAUGCUAUGCUCUACGGGAACGAGCCCGGAAGCAAACGCAAUUCCGUCGCUAGUCAAGGCAGUCAACAAAGCCAGAAACCUCGGAUCGCAAUGGGAACCAAAGUCAUGAACAGCUUGAACAGGCACUCCCACCCUCAGUACGCUGGAAGGGACUUAGACCACCUCAUGUACCUGCGUCAGUCGAUCCUCAGCGCUAUGCAGCGCUACGAGCAGCAGGCAGCGAACUCUUCCCCGAGCCCGGGGUUCAGACCCCGCAGUUCCAGCGCUAGCAGUCCCGGCUACCGUUCUGCCAGCCCCGGCCCUAGUUCGGGAGGUCCUGGCUCCAGCCCACUGCCACAACGACGACCCCAUAUGGCAAGCUAUCCCAGCUCAAGGACGCACAGCCCGUCCUACAGCAGCGCGAGUAACGGCAGCGGAAAGAGUUCCCCGGGCUUCCACCGCUCCCGGUUCGUCACUGCCGAGGAGGACAUAGAUGCGCUGCUCUACGGCAGGAUGGAGGACAUCCCUUGCAGCUACGUCGCCAUGAUCGAGGACAAGUACAGACGGAGCAGCGUGGCUCGCGUUAAGAAGCUCAGAGAGAAGAAUCGAGGGGCGUUAGCAGCUCCUGAAUCAUCGUCGAGCAGCGAGAGCAGCUGCACCAGCCCCACAGCUUCCAACUCUCAGUCGGGUCGCUUCUCCGAAGUGGCAAAAUGUAUGCUGGAGAUCAUUGAAGACCUUCAGAAUCAGACUCAACUGCCAGGUCUGGUGCAACCUAGAAGCAACCCAGUGUCACCUCCUGCACCAGCACCAUCAGUUCCGGAGACUGGGCCAUGUCCUACAUCCCCAUCAUUGCCUUUUAGAGCUGUGGACGUUAAUACACUUGCUACAGGACCUACACGGGCAGGCUUGUGGGGAAAUGUGGGUCCAGAAGUAUCUCCCAGCCUCGUGCCGAGACCAGGAUCAGGGAUAGUACCUGGACCAGAUUACCAUGUCUACGAAGAAAUUAUGUAUGAACUGACAACAAGGCCUAUAUCAAAUCCAGGGCCACCACCUCUUCCCGCGCGACCUGACGGCAUCUUCCGUACCAGCACCACGCUGAAGAAAGUUCCAGCUUCACACCCACCACCACAAUCCCACCGACCGAAGCAGCGCAGCAACCUGUAUUCACUGUUUCGGGAACCCAGCACGAGACGUGACAUCUCACAGUCACUUGAGCAAGAGUACCUAGGAGCUGCUUCUACUCUUGGGGGCAUUGCCUCAGUCUCCCAGUUUGGGCAACCAAGGCAUGUGCUGGGUGCUCGAACUCAUUCUGAGCAGGAUCAGGUGAAGCAGUCAGAAGAAGGGGAGUAUGGCUUCCGCAUCGGCACUUGAAUUCACACUGACUCAUUCGUCUUCAGUGUUCAAGCAACAUUUACAACGACAGAGGUCUGUCAUGAUGGCCUCUUUAUGCUAUUCAUACUUAUGUUGUUAUUUUUUAAGCACAGUCUUCUAAAAUUAACUUUUUAAUUUUUGGCAAAAUGUGGUUGAACGAUGCUUGUGUCCAGAUAUUUGUUUGCUCUUUUGGUUGACUUAUUUAUUGGAAUAUUAAAUGGAAACAUUAGCAUAGAGAACGAAUUGUUUCAGUUGUAUGAUUGGGUGUGUUCACAGUUUGAAAGUAAGGUGAUCAUAGCAGAAACUGCCAGUAAUUGAUAUUGUCUUUCCAGGUUUUAGCACUGGUUGCAGUCUCUCCUUUCACAUGUGUCCUGCACAAUGUGGCCUAUGUCAACAUUGCAGAUUAGUUUUCUCCUGGUUUAUGAAAAGACUUUGAUUGUGCAUGAGCCCCUAAACCAGCCACAUGAUCGGACCCUGUGAACAGACAAUUUACAGACACAGACCAGUCACUUAAAAUAAAAUCUUGGUUUGUUUGUUAUUUUGUGACCCAUAAUUUCUGUUUUAGUAACAUUAUGUUUUUUUACACACUGUUUUUAAUAACAGCAGUGAUUUAUUUGUAAUUUAAUUCACACUCAUAGAGUUGGAAACAAUGUGUCCCUAACACAAAGAAUGUUAAGUAACACUCUUGUAACAGUACUAAUACCAAUUUCUACCACAGAAUGUUAACAUGUGCAAAAGCCAUUCUCCUCCCAAAUUCACCACUUACUUCCCCUAGUUCCAUCAUAGCCUUUGAAGCUGUCUGAUUGAAUUAAGCCUUAAAAUUUUUCAGUUCUAUUGUAUAACAAGACAUUUGAUUUCUGAAUAAUUAAUACAUUACAUGUUUAAUUUUCAUCAGUAAUUUCCUCACACCACUAUUUCAAUGCAGUUCACACUGAAUCAUUUGGUAUAUGACAGCAUGUUUCCUUGUGCUUACUACCAACAGUGAGUAGCAGGAAGAUCUAGAAGAUUAAAAUUAACAGUAAAACAUGUGCAGAAAUGUAGCACACAGAAUGGCUGCAUGGAUAACAAAGUGUCCUGGGGUGAUGGAUGCAGUUGCAAGCGACAUGAGAGCUCUUGUAACUUGAGUCUCAGAUCUGAAAUGCAUGAAUAAAAACGAGACUAAUGAAAUUCCCCUUUUCCAUUUCAUCAGAUAUGUUCAUACUCUCAGCACAUUCUGAAUAUACAUUAUGCUCCUCUUAAAGAUAUGCUGUCUAAAUGUUCUGGAAAGAGCUGUCAAGGUAUUCAUUCAUAGUAGGCUUUCUAACAUCAUUAUAGACCUCAUCAAUAUAAUCACUGCUGGUCCAGGAGCUAGCAUUUGUAGUGCUUUGUUAUGGGAAAGAAAAUGCAAAUCAAUUUUUUCAUAACAUCUCUUAGAGUGAUCUGUUCCCACUAAUUCUACAGCAAACUUUAUUGUUUAUGUCACUUCAAGAGUUCCGACUCGCAGUGUAAUAUGAAAUGUGUAUAAAUGAACAAGCCUUAUGCAACACAUCUUCUAUAGCAAACAAUUCUUGCUACUAGAACAGACUGUGUAUGGGUCUUGAAAUUUUGGUUAUUAUCUCAGGCUAUGAGAGAAAGUAACAAUUGCAUUCACUUCUUACAGUUAGCAAAACCUUCCAUUGUGUUAUGUGUAUAAUUUUAUUGCUGCCAGCUGGUGUACUGCGAUUCAUGAAAAAAUAAAACAUGAUAUCUCAAAACACCAUGGUACCAUCACCCUUCCUUGUUAACACACAGUAACUCUGGUCAGAAAAUUAAAUUGCCUAAUAUUGCUUUCUGUCUUGGUUGCAAUUCAAACAAAGUGAGUGAAAGGAAAUGUUUAUGCAUAUGAAAAUGAUUGCCACUAGGGAACUCCUUUUGGUCUGUAUAAUAGAAUUUAUCGAGCUAUUCAGAAAUUAAAAUAACGGAGGUCCAGUUAAUUUCCAUAGCAUGAGCAUGUAGGUCCAUAGUAACAAGACUCCAACCAUGCAAAUCAUGAGGUUCUCACAGCCAUGACUAUGAAGUACACACUCUUCUGGGAGAUUAUGCUAUGUAGAUACUUACCCACAUUUUGGAGAAAUAUACCACCCUCAUCUUUGGAGUCAAAGGGUAAGUACCAUGCUUACGUUUUGACACCUAGAUGGAUAUGGUGUACUCCUCUAUACUCCUCUAACACAUGAGUGAACACAUUACAUGGUACAACCUCUCAGAAGAUAGGACUCUUCUUCAAGUAUAUAAACCUUUGGACCACUCAGCUUACAGUGUAAGAUCAACGACAAUUUAAUAUGAGAGUUUAUUCACAUUUUUAGCUAAUUUAUGGAGUACAGUAAACCCUCACUAAUCUAGUUACUAAUCUGGAUCAAAACAUGAAAAAUAAAAAAUUCUGUUCAUGGUUGAGUACAUACUUUAAAAGACACAUGACAUUUAGGAAGGCAGAUGAGUCACUUAUCAAUUCAGACAAAACUCGACAGUUUCUUCAAACCUGCAUCAUCACGUUCAAAAACAAGCACAACUUCUGAGUCUUCCAUCAAUGAAUAAAUGUAUUGUCUUUUUGUAGUUUUGAAAUAAAGUCUUUACGGUUAUAUUUUGUUAAUUCAUUUUCAUCAGCACUGCGUAUAUCAUUAAAGUUCUAAUUUUUCUGUCGGGAAGGGGGGCUACUUUUGCUUCACUAAUCCGUAUUAUUAUUUAAUCCAGAUGACUUGCUCACCCACUAAUAAUUCAGGUUGAGCGACGUUCUACUGUAACAGUGUAUGUAAAGUUCUGAAGAAAUGGCAUAGAGCAUAGUAAAAUGGUAUUAUAGAAUUAUUACAGUGUUGUAGAAUAUGUUGAAGAAGGUGCAUUAGAUCUUACAAGAUGACUGAUCACCUUCUUCUUCUAGGAAAUUAUCAGCCAUUGUUUCUUCAUUUUAUAAUCCUACAGGCCAAGAUUAUAUUUGCUACAAAUGAGCUAUUGGUAAGCUCUUCCUGAAAUUAUGUAAGUCACUGGAUGUAGAUUUACACUCAAGUUUUUGGUACAGUGAUAUAUUUACUGAAGAGAAUUAAACGUGUUUUUCAUUGCAGGGUAAAGAAAAGAGCCACUGAUGAAAAAUGUUAAAUAAUAUUUAAGCUUGGCUAUAAAAAUCUUUUUGAAAUUGCUUGGUAUGUCUUCUUGAACGUUUCAUGUUACUAUAAACUUUUGCAACAAGAAACCUAAAAGGAAUGCAGUAGUUAAUUAAGGGCCAUUUAAAGAUACUAUACACAGAAUUAUACAGUCUGUAACCUUCGGUAAUAAAAUACAGGAGAGUUCUUGCUUGUACUUAGCAGUUUUACAGUUCUGCAGCUGUUGCAUAUAUUCAUUGGGAGUAUAAAAUAAAUAUGCUUAUUUAUAAAUUGUUUUCUUUUACAGAAAAUACUAUUUUUUAAUGCCAUUUUAAUCCACAUAUGUCUGCAGGUGCGAAACCAGUACAUAAUCAGUGUUUGGGAAUAGGCCAAGUGAGGAUCCACUUGCUGAAGAAUCUGGUUAUUUCUGAACACAAUGUCCAGUUCUCCAUCUGAAAUUUCAAGGCCAAUUGAAGACAUGGAGGAAGAAUGGACAGAAACUACACUGAGAAGCAUACUGAAGUGUAUGGGAUAUGUCAUUCUCAAUAUUGACACAUUCUGGUGUGACUGUAGGCAUGUUAUAGAUUGGAUAUUGACACAACACAGAACUACAAGUAAUCACAACACCAUCAUCAGUCUUCCCACUUCACAAAUCACCAGCAUAUGCUAAUUUUUCUUAGUCUUCAUUAAUUAUAUCCUGGCAAAAAUUUUAACACUAACAGUCUCACUGUACUUGCAACACAUAUAAAUUACAUCUUCUUUUCACAGCCUCACUCCUGUGACUAACUCUUUUCUUCACAGCUGGACUUUCAACUCUCAACUAACUGGAUCACCCCCCAGCUGUCUUCCUUAUACCUACUUUGCACAGAACAAACAGAAAAGACCGCUAACAGUAAUUGUAUUGUUGUAGGCAUGCUUACCAAUCCAUUGCCUAGAAACAGGUUGCAUCACACCAUCGUUUUAUUGCUGCAUGCAUGUAUGUUGCAGGCCUUACCUAGCAACAGCUGCUGUUUACAGGGUCACUGUUUAGCAACGGGCCUAUAUAUAUAUUACUACAUUAAUUCAUUUUAGCACUGCAUAUAUAGUCAACAGAAUAUCAGACUCAGCAACAUACAAACAAACUGAUGCUCCAAACAUCAUAUGCUUAUAAGAUCAAGAAUACAUUUACCCUCCACACCAAAAUGAGCAAGCAGAAGAAGCAUUACCAACAGUGGCACAGUGUUUUAUGUCACUAAACACCCACAACCACAUAGCAAUCAUUCUCAAUAUUAUUACAUUUCAUUUUUCAGAAUUAAUUUUAUGGAAGGCAAAGAUGCAUUGAGACAUAGGGAACAAGCAAGAAAAGAGGAAGAAAACUGAAUAAACAAUUUCAACAUCCGAAUAAAAUUCUCUGUGUGGUCCAUGUUACCCAUUGCACCAAAAACACAUGGUGAUUUACAGAUAACAUGUUUGUAAUUUUUAACAAAGAAAUUCAACCAAAAAUUAUGAACUUGUGACAGGUAAUAACAGUGAACUAUGAAAUACAGCAAUGACAGCUUCACAGCACGUAAAUCUGAUGGCAGUCUUACCAACAGUUCAGUAUAACAAGUUUAGAAUAUAACUGUAAACACUGGCCAAUAUAGAGCAGCAGUGCAAUUAUAUUUAAAAUAAUGUAAAAGUAGCAUGAUGACGACAUAAUAUUAAAACAUGUCUGUCAUUACAGUAAAGUAAUAUGUAAUUAAUUGAUUUAUAUACACAGUUCUGUAGAAGGCGUAUCCUGUAUACUACAAAUAUUUAACACAAAGUGAAUGGCCAGAUACAGUACUUUGUGUAUAUUGAAGUUCAUCCAAUGCAUCAUCAAAAUGCGAUGACUUACAAAACACAGAUAAUGGCAGUAAAAUAAAGAAAUUUUACAAUAAAGGUAACUGAGUAGGCGCCCCAGAAUACAACCAAGUAUUAUUAUUGUGGAAAUGAAAUGAAACUCUUCAAAACAGUUUGAUAUUUCUCUUUCAAGUGAAAAUUAUUCCACUCACAUUGCUUCAGAGUGACUGCAUAAAAACUAUAGUUUGAUUUAUGCUAUUGCAAAAGUAUUAAAUGGGAAUUAGUUUCAUAAUUAUAAAGGACAACAUUUACAGACUUAACUGUAAACACUGUAUCAUUCCAAAUCAAAUGAAAUAUCAAGAAUUCACUUGAAACAUUUUAUAUUUGGAUUAAUGUUAUUGUCAGUGUUUAGUGAAAUUAAAAUAGAUAACUGGCUUUUUAUUGACUUUGUAUUUCAAGAACAGAUGUUAAAACUAACACUGGAGUUUUCAAUUUGAUAUUAGAUUGAGGUACAAAUGUAACCAGGAUGUAUGAGUACCACACCAGGUUUUUAUAACAGUUUUACAGGAUUAAUGUUUCUCAGGUCAAAUUUGUUUCUCAUUUGCCAAAAAAUGAAAAUCUGUAAUUUUUGUAAUGGGUAUAUGAAGUUAGGAAAUAACGUUUUCGCUGUUCAACAGGUUUCUUCUCUCAUGAGUUUUUAUUUCCAGCAUAUUGUCAUUGAUUAAAAUUGACACUGAAAUCAGCUGAGUUGAAGAAUUUAUUAAAUGAUUGUAAAUUGUCUGAUGAUAUAUAAAAUAUAUGAUAAAAGAUAAA